CCGGGUUCCUGCAGCAGUUUGUUUUGUUUGGGUGUAUCAGCAGAGCUCAACAUGACUCAAAGUGUCACUCUGCGGCUGUAGUCUCGACUUUUCUCCACUUUUAGAGACGGCUUAGCUACAAAUAUGACAUCUUUUGAAGUUUUACUCGACGCUGUGGCUCGGUGAAAGCGGACAGUGACUUCUCCGUGAUUUCAUCCUGAGACACCUGUUGCUCCAGUUUCGACAGACAGGUGCUACUGGGAGCAGCUCCGGGGAGAGAAACACCCGAAACCUGGAUUAAUUUCUCUUAUUUUUUUCAACAUAUUAUAUUUUGCAGACAACAUGAAGGUUACAGUAACUUUCGGAGACACUUCGGUGGUUGUACCCUGCAAACCUGGAUGGAAUGUCCGGGAUUUAAUCGACCAAGCCACGCGGAGAUACCACAGGAUUUUGGAGCAGCAUGGAGAGACGGGAGUGAGGACCCAUCACUUGGAGUACACUGACGGAGGAAUCCUGGACAUGGACGAUCUGCUGAGUGAUCUGGUGGAAGACAGAGACAAGCUGGUGGCGGUGUUUGAUGAAGUCCAGCAUGAGAGGGCUGACAGUCCUAGAGAGACCAUGUCCAACGGCUACUCCAGUGCCACUGCCAGCCCUGAACCUCUCGCCUACUACCCCCACCUGCAGUACCAGGAGCCAGCCAGAGGGGAAAUCGAGGUCAACGAGGCCAGCCUCAAAGCCAACACACCUCUGCUGGUACGGAGCAGCAGUGACUCUGCCCUGGCUCCGCCCCUUGAAGUGAAAGCCUCGCCCUCAUCUGAAGACCUCAGAAACGGGACUCCUGAACCAGAAAUCAACCAUGUUUUGAAAGGAACGUUGGAGCGACUGCGCACAGAAGACCCUCCUGCUCAUUACGACGCCCCUGCCAAGAUGAGCCAAGUGAACUUCAGCACCCUGACGAGGACGGUGGAGUUUCCAGGUAACUGGGGCCCCCUGGGUAUCCAUGUCGUCCCAUACUGCUCCUCUCUGAGUGGACGGGCCCUGGGCCUCCACAUUAAAGGCAUCGAGGAAAACAGUAGAGCCAAGAAAGAGGAGCUCUUCAAAGAGGAUGAGUGUAUCGUCCAGAUCAACGACACGCCACUCCAGGACAAGACCUUUGCACAGUCUCAGGAUGUUUUCCGCCAAGCCAUGGGUACCUCCUCCGUGCGUCUUGAAGUCCUCCCUGCAUCCAAUAAGCUUCGGUACGAGAAGAGCUUCAUCGGUCAGCUUUUCGACGAUAAAGACUCUGCAGCAAAAGUAAAGAGUCCCUUGGUGGUCCGGGCUAGAACAGAACCACAACCAGAGCCCAAACAAGAACCCAAACCAAACACCAGAGUAGAAGUGAGGCAGCCAGAGACGCACGCGAAGACUCCAGAGCCAGUGGCGGCGAAAAUACCACCUGCACUGCCUCAGUCUGGACCUGUUGGAAGGGUUUCUCCUGCAUCUCCAGCUCCAGCAGGGAGCUUGUCCCCUUCUCCAGACAACCGCAGCCAGAGCCCGCUGAAUAGUAAGAGCCCUGUUCCAGCCAGCCUGGCAAACCUGACCAACAAAAAGGGGGGCAAGAGGAUCAAAAUCGACUUGAAGAAAGGUGCUGAGGGUCUGGGCUUCACCGUCGUCACCAGGGACUCCUCGGUCCACGGGCCGGGCCCAAUCCUAGUGAAGAACAUCCUGCCUCGUGGCGCCGCAAUCAAAGAUGGUCGCCUGCAGCCUGGUGAUCGCAUCCUAGAGGUGAAUGGAGUCGACAUGACAGGGCGCAGCCAGGAGGAGCUGGUGGCCAUGCUGCGUAGCACCAAGCAGGGAGAGAGCGUGAGCGUGGUGGUGGCACGGCAGGAGGACAUCUUCCUGCCUCGGGAACUGAAGGGUGAAGACGCUGGCAGCUUGGUGUAUGAAGACGGCAGGGAGCAGCUCAUGUACGAGAUCCCGUUAAAUGAAACCGGCUCAGCCGGCCUCGGGGUCAGCCUGAAGGGAAACAGGUCCAGGGAGACUGGGGAGGACUUGGGAAUCUUCAUCAAGUCCAUCAUACACGGAGGAGCGGCUUACAAGGACGGCCGCUUGAACGUGAACGACCAGAUGAUUGCAGUUAACGGCGAGUCGCUCCUCGGACGCUCCAACCACGCUGCCAUGGAGACGCUGAGGCGCUCCAUGUCAUCAGAGGGAAACUCCAGAGGAACCAUCCAGCUCGUUGUGCUCCGAGCCCCUCGACAGGCACAACAGAUUGGAGGUGCCAACCCUGCACCAACAGCUGCCACAAAUGGACCUGACAUGCAUCAACCCUACACCCCAACAUCCUCCAGCAAUCAGGAGCCUUGGAGCCAAAAUACCUACCAGCACGGACCCUCAGGACCCUCCAAACCCCCGUAUACUGAGCCCACCUCAAAUGGCCCGACUCCCCCUCCGAUGGCAGCUAACAGCUACAGAGACGCAGGAAGUGCUGGGUAUCCUGCUGCGACCACCAACGGUGGCUACAGUCACUACGGCAACGAGAGUGAGGAGCUGGAGCAGAGCUUCCCCCCGCCUCCUUCCCCGGGCACUGUGGAGGAAAUGAAUAGAGACUUUCCAGGCACACCCCCACCUCACAGCGAGUUUCAGAAGCAGCAACUCAUGAAUACAGCUUUCUACAUAGAGAGGGACAAUGUUCCACGCAACAGGGCGUCUAAGAGCAUGGACCUGGUGGCCGAUGAGAUGAACAUGGGAUCACUGAAUAGGCAUAGGAACGAGCUUGCGGCUGGUGGAGCUCUAGGUCCGACCCUCGGCCUCAUGAAGUCCAGCUCCCUGGAGAGCCUUCAGACGGCCGUAUCCGAAGCAGAGCAGAGCCACAUCAAAGCCCAGGUGCCCUUCCACCGUCCGCGUCCGCACAUGGUCCGAGGGCGGGGAUGCAACCAGAGUUUCCGCAUCGCCAUCGACAAGUCCUACGACGGACCUUCUGAAGACGAUGACGACCUCUCAGAGCCCAGCUCUGGUCAGGAAACACCUGCCAGCAGCUCCUCUCGCCACGGCCUGGACGCUGAGGACGGAGGCAAGAAGAAGAAGAAAACCAAAGGGAAGAAGGAGAAGAAGACUAAAGGGAAGAAGAAGGACGAUUCUGUAGAGGAUCUGGAGAAGAAGACCAAAAAGAAGGGAUUCAACCUGCUAAGGUUUGGAAAGAAGAAAGACGACAAGAGCAAAGACGCCAAAGCUGCCAAAGGCAAACUGGAGGCUCUGAGUGAAGAGGAGGUGGACAGGACUCCUGAAACUAGGGGCAGCUAUGAACCUCGUUACGCCGAGAUCCUCUCAGGCCACAUCCCCCCCGACCCCAGCUCCUUCCCUGAUGUUGAAGAUGACGAGACCGACCCAAACUAUGCCCGCAUCAACAACUUCCGCCAGCCGCCAUCGCCUCAGUCAUUUAUCAGUCGCACGCCCUCUCCUGCGGCGCUGACAGGAGGUUCUAACCCGCUUCGAGCCUCGGCGGAGGAGCUGGACGGGCUCUACGCCAAGGUCAACAAGAGCAGACCUCCACCUGCUCAACAGAACCAGCUGCAAACACAAGCAGACAGUGAUCAGCGUCUCCAGGGGUUACGGCGAGAGUAUCAGCAGGCCCGAGCCGCUCCGGGCUACGAUGAGCUUGACGCAGCACGACGCAGAGUCCUGGAGUACGACCCAAACAGGAUGGCGCCUAGAGGAGCUGAAUCUCGCCCCGUGAGAGGCUAUGAUGACGUGGACCGGCAGUACGCCACACAGCCCAGGAGGGAUCCCUACGAUUAUCCCACCCACUCCAGACCUGUCCCAAGAGAGCCAGCCCCCCAGUACCAGGACCCGAAUGUCCCCAGCCGUGUGCCGCUCCCCCAGUUGGGCACUCAGUCCUACCAGGCCCCCAACAACCCGCGUUACUACCCCUCACCUCAGUCACAGCACCGUGCCGCAAUGAGGCAGGAUGUCCCACCUUCACCCACAGCUGGCCGCAGAGGGCGGCAGUACUACGAAGCUGUUGGAGGGCGAGGAGACGGGUACCGACAGGCGAGCCCUGGACGCUACAUCAGCCCAGAGAGGAACCGAGUGGCCAGCCAAGAGCGCUACGGAUACGGGGAUGAACGGAAAGCUGAUCCACGGCGGAAGAACCCGGUGAUCGGGACGGUUUGAGGAAGUUCAGCCAGUCACACGAAGAAUAGAAAUCACCCCAAGCUCAUGUGUGAUGUCACAUGAACUGCCUAUAGAUUAAUUUAUCUGAUCAGGAGCCCUUUAAGCAAUAAUGGCGUUUAUUUUAGGAGAGAGUAAACGAGCUGAUGGACCUGUGUGUACAUAAAUCAACAGCUGCCUGUGUAUAUUUGCAAAUGUGCCAUGUUUAUAACAGCAGGCUCUUAUUUUGACAGGAUUUUAUAAUGUAGAAAUGAUUAUUACUAAAUAUCCUAUAAACUUAAUUUAAACUUGUAUAGAUUUACUCUAUCCCAGCAGAUAGGGCAGGAAGGAUGUGCUGACUUGCAGUUUUUGCACAAACUAAAGGAAGCUGAGAGGGAUGGACUCGACCAGAGGAGACACAGGAAGCUGGAGUGGACAAACAGGAAGAGGAAGUAACACCCCUUUAAAGUACCUUCUUGUCCUUGAUGUUUGUGUUGGUUGGACUUCCUCUACAUCCUGCAAUCACUCUUUGUUCUCUGGUUUGUUUUUUUUGUAUUUUUGCCUUUGAUUAUCUGGACGUGGACCAUGGAUUUACUGUAUAUUUGUGAAAUGUUUUAAUGCAGAUAUACCACGAGGUAUUAGGGCCACAUUUGAGAAAAAAUACAGAGAUUUUGAGGAUAUAACCAGUAUUUAUAAUGAUGAAUUGUGAAAUAAAUUUCAGUUAAGUUUGCCUUUUGUUAUUUUAAAUAUCGCACAAUCAGCCGGCCAAUGAUAAUUUCUUUUUAUCUGACAAGAUAGCACAGUGUUACUCAACCCUGCUCAACUAAAGAGCCAAAAAGUUGAAAAAUACCUUUGCAGGAUUCACAAUCAAAUGGGGAAAAGGUGCGAAAAUGGGUUAAAGUGGCAAAAAAAAAAAAGUUAAAGUGGCAAAUUGGGUAAAAAAAGGGGCAAAAUUGGCACAAAAUUGCAAAAACUGG